AUGUGGCUUGGCUGCCUCCCAAAUAUUCCCCACAUAGUAUCUUUACUUUGCACCAGGCCCUGGUCAAAAGUAGUGCAUUACAUAGGGAAUAGGGUGCCAUUUGGGACGUACAAAUCCAACCGUAUCCAGGAGGUGCAAAUCCAACCGUAUCAAGGAGGUACAAAUCCAACCGUAUCCAAAAUGUACAAAUCCAACCGUAUCCGGGACGUACAAAUCCAACCGUAUCCGGGAGAUACAAAUCCAACCGUAUCCAGGAGGUGCACAUCCAACCGUAUCCAUGAGGUACAAAUCCAACCGUAUCCAGGAGGUGCACAUCCAACCGUAUCCAGGAGGUGCACAUCCAACCGUAUCCAGGAUGUACAAAUCCAACCGUAUCCAGGAGGUGCAAAUCCAACCGUAUCCAGGAUAUACAAAUCCAACCGUGUCCAGGAGGUACAAAUCCAACCGUAUCCAGGAGGUGCAAAUCCAACCGUAUCCAGGAUGUACAAAUCCAACCGUGUCCAGGAGGUACAAAUCCAACCGUAUCCAGGAGGUACAAAUCCAACCGUGUCCAGGAGGUACAAAUCCAACCGUAUCCAGGAGGUGCAAAUCCAACCGUAUCCAGGAGGUGCACAUCCAACCGUAUCCAGGAGGUGCAAAUCCAACCGUAUCCAGGAGGUGCAAAUCCAACCGUAUCCAGGAUGUACAAAUCCAACCGUAUCCAGGAGGUACAAAUCCAACCGUAUCCAUGAGGUACAAAUCCAACCGUAUCCAGGAGGUGCACAUCCAACCGUAUCCAAAAGGUACAACUCCAACCGUGUCCAGGAGGUACAAAUCCAACCGUGUCCAGGAGGUACAAAUCCAACCGUAUCCAGGAGGUGCAAAUCCAACCGUAUCCAGGAGGUGCAAAUCCAACCGCUCUAUAGAGAGAUAUAUUGACCCUUGAUUUAUUUCGUCCGCGUCUGAUAUUUAUUCUCCUGGUUUUCAAUAUUCUGUGAUCCUAUAGGCUUAGGUUCAAUCUGUGCUGCGGAAAAUAGGCGCUAUAACAAGAUUUACAUUUAAAGGCAAUCUCCUGACUCAGAUAGUUUCCUUUCACAUGGUUCUUUCCAGCAACUAUGGUAGAUGUGGAAUCAGGCCAGUUUGGCUGAGUGGUAUGAACAUCUCUUAACUCCUCUGUGGAACCAGGCCAGUCCAGUUUGGCUGAGUGGUAUGAACAUCUCUUAACUCCUCUGUGGAACCAGGCCAGUCCAGUUUGGCUGAGUGGUGUGAACAGCUCUUACCUCCUCUGUGGAACCAGGCCAGUCCAGUUUGGCUGAGUGGUGUGAACAGCUCUUAACUCCUCUGUGGAACCAGGCCAGUCCAGUUUAGCUGAGUGGUAUGAACAGCUCUUACCUCCUCUGUGGAACCAGGCCAGUCCAGUUUGGCUGAGUGGUGUGAACAGCUCUUAACUCCUCUGUGGAACCAGGCCAGUCCAGUUUGGCUGAGUGGUAUGAACAUCUCUUACCUCCUCUGUGGAACCAGGCCAGUCCAGUUUAGCUGAGUGGUAUGAACAGCUCUUACCUCCUCUGUGGAACCAGGCCAG